UCUAGUGUCAAAUAAAUGUCAACUCUGUAUUGUUUUACGGGUGCGUCCGUCCGUUUGCUUGAAUAAAUCAAAUAAAUGAAACCUUGAGCCAUGUACAGACCAUUAUUGAAUUGUAUCUAGAUUACUAGAAAAGACUAACUAACAAAUUGUGGAAACAUAUACGUGAUAUAUAAUUAUAUUGUGUUUGUUGGUGGCAUUACAUUUGCUACGCUGCAAACAUGAACCAUCCUCGAGUUGAUAAUAUAUGUCCUUCUGCACACCUGAGAGUGAUACUUCCUAAUUCUAUUGACACCAAUAUGCCUCCGCCGUUUAUUGACAUUAAUAAUUUGCAAGAUAUACCACCACCUCAGGCUGAUUUUUCAGCGCCGCCUCCUUAUGAUGUGGCAACUAAUUCAAAAUUGCCCACCUAUGAAGAGGUGCAGCGUGAGAAACAAAUGGAGGGUGAAGGACCACCACAGUUACAGGGUCCUCCACCCCACCACCCGACAUUCGCUUUUGUGACAGUAGAGCCUACAGAAGGGAGCGCCGAACAGUUGGAUCCAGAGAAUAGUCUUCUCGGCACAGAUAUUAUGUUUUUGACUUCAUUCUUUGUGGCAUUCCUGUUUAACUGGAUCGGCUUCUUGCUGCUGAUGUGCUUCUGUCACACGGUUGCGAGCCGCUACGGUGCACUUGCCGGCUUCGGCCUAUCGCUCGCCAAGUGGACGCUCAUCGUGAAGCAUUCCACUGAACUCGCAUCCCACGAGAACUCCUGGCUGUGGUGGCUUAUCAUGGCAUUUGGGAUUUUAAUCUGCGUUCGUGCCAUCAUCCAAUAUUUAAACAUCAAGCGCGGUUGGCGUCUACUCUCCGGCACUGCUCAAGAGCGACUGUUGUUCUUCUACUAAUUAACACAGCUUUCUGUCUCACUCUCUCCAUACAACGUGUUAUGUUGCGUGGUUGUGUAAGAAAAGAAUGGAUCUUGUAUCUGUUUGUUAGUCUAGAUGUGUUAGUCGUAAGGUGAAUGUUUAAGAUACAUCGCGUACUAUGACACCGAUACUAUGGUGACGCUCAGUUGUAAUUCUGACCACAGAAGCUUUAAAUAUUCUUAAUUGGUCAUGACCUAGUUUCAGUCAUUCACUAAUAUCUCAACUUUGUGUGAUAUACUAUAUUGUAAGCAUUAUGUAAACACAAUUUUCAUCUUUUAAUUAUUAGUAAAACCAUUUGAUCAACACUCUAUCAACCCAUUAAAAUAUUCGUAAAUAGUAGAGAUGAAAAUCUUCUGCACAUCUAUCAUUUGAAAUAUUCAGUUGAGAUGGAUAUAAUAACGUUCUGCUAAAUAAAAUUGUUCUUGAAUUCUGCUCGAUAAAGUUGAAAAUCCAAGAAAUAGUUCUAUAGAUCAGAUAAAUGAAUUGUGAAGAGAAAUAAAUCUGUUUAUUAUUAUUAUUAUUAUUAUUAUUAUUAAUAUCAGGAAAUCGCUUGAUAUGUGUGAAAAGAAGUUAUUACUUUAGGUGGUCACUGUACUAUUGGUCAAGGUAUUGUAGUACGCGAGCACAUACUCUUGAAUUCAUUCUUGCUAAAUGUUUUCAUGUUGUAGCUGGUUUUAUAAUUGUAUACAUACGAAAAUGGUCUCUAUUGUAAAUAAUGUUGGCAUUGUUUGGAUUUUGCAUGACUUAUUGUAUGGUAUAUGCUAGUCUUUACUUUGUAUGUUUAUUUUUCCUAUAUACAUAUAUAAUUUAUAAUUUUAUUGUCCGAUUAUAAUUACCUAUUACACAUUAUAAGUUUAAACUUACUUCAAAAGAAUUGUAUGCAUAAGACAUUUUUAUUAAAGUACUACUAAAGCAUUUGAAGUAAGUUGGUUUAUAAUCUAAACUGAACAUUAAAAAAUCAAUUAUUUGAACCACCUAAAAUACUUUACAAUAAAGUCUAUUUUAGCAUUUUAAUAUAAAAAUCAACUGCAAAAACAUUCGCACUAGAAACGUAAGAAUACUCUAGACAUCUAUCUUAUCUAUGUUUAAAACAUGUCUCGCAAUAGUGUGAAACAAACAGAUGUAGUAGCAGUUAAUCAUCGCUACUUUGACCGUCCUGAAUUUUAAUGUAUGAAUAAUAAAUAAAUUAUCAGUCACAAGGCAAAAUCAUAUUGAAGAAAUAUGCCAAUACUCUAGGACACAACAGGGUCGAUUCUGAGGAGUCAUUGCUUUAAACGUAUCUCUAAAAAUAAAGUUUCAAUUUGAUAUCACAGCUAAUUCUUUAUUGAAUUUACCAAUAUGAACUAAUUUUCUAAUAUAUUUAAGUGAAAUUAUUACAAUUUUAGUUUAUUACGCUCCAUAAAAUAGUAAUUUCAAGAAAAUUAUCAAAUUAAAAAAGUUGAUAUAUGUGAACAUUUUCCAUUUAUAGUAGACUUUUUAAAUUCCUAUAAAAUUGGUAACUUCGGAAUUCAAGCAAAGUAAUUUAAAUUUUUUUUUUUAAUUAUAGUUAUUAAAAAAAAAAAUGGACCCAUAACUCUAACUUAAUAUUAAUCCUUCUGGUGUUAAUUUAUAUAUUAACACAACAGUUACACCAAAAUACAAAUUACUUAUAUUUUUUUUAAAACAUGUUAAAAUGUGUAACCCUUAUAAAAAAGUAUCCUCUUUGUAAAUAAGGGUUUAUGAAAUUGAUGUUAUUGUUAAUGUAUUUGUCUAUAGAGUAUUGGCUAUUAAAUGUAGUGUCAAUUUAUUUAUAUAUAUCUAUUUGUGUAAACAAUUCAGAAAAUCAACAAUCAAAUCAUGUACUUAUAAUAAUUAUUAUCUUCACAAAUAGAGAGCUUUGUACUAUCUUGGGUGCUUUAAUUAUAUUUUUUGCUAUUUUAAGUGAAUUAUUGGAAACUCGAAUUAAUACAUAAUUAAGUAUGUAAUAACAUCUGUUUUUUAUACUUUGAAUAUUUAGUAAAUAAACUUGACGUGUCUUCGAAAUUAUUCAGUGAAAAUAAAAGAGUUUGAAAAAUAAUAAUGCAUAAUAAUAAUUAAAUGUAAUCUAUAAUAAAAAUAUAUUUGACGACCAUCGUGGUGACUUACUUUGCGUGACGAGGUUGUGGGUUCGAUUCUCUGUCGGCCUAUUUAGUAAAUUAACUUCUCUUAACUGAGCCUAACUUGAGGACCAGACAAUUCAUGGACAAGUAUAACAUACUACAUACUGACAGACUGGCAAUGCCAUCACAAAAAACAGAUAAGAAAAUAGUUACACUAGUGUACAUUUUUGGUGAAUGUGAGCACUUGAUAGUUACAAUUUUAUAUGGAAUAGAAGUUGCGAAACUUCACAUAUUUGUAAUAAUUUUAACUCGUUUAUUGUAAUUAUUCGUUCAUAAUGUUAGUAAAUAAAAAAAAAAAAAACAUUCUAACUACAUCGUAAUAAGAGAUUUACACAAGUAAAUAAGUGUCCUACUUGUUUAUCUCGCUCUAACAUAUAUGUCAUUAUGUUUUCUCUCUUUUACAUUGCCAAUUGUACUGUUAUAUUGAUAAAAAGAAUGCCAAGAUUUACUAAAUAUGACAAAUAUAAAAAACAGAUUAUAGUUUGAGUAAUCAUUCCAGAGGUCAUUGACCUACUCUAUUAUGUCUAUUUAAUAUAUAAAUUAAUUUGCCUGUUUUUAAAUAGUUUUAAUAUAUUUAUGUACUAUGAAUAUAUAUAUAUAUAUAUAUAUAUAUAUAUAUAUAAUUUAGAAUUGCUGUUGACAUAAUUGAACUGCAAUGAAUUUUAAAUGCAGUUUUCAAAUGAGAAGCGUGAAAAAACGGUAAACCGUUUUGUAGGUACUAAAUUAAUAAAUGUAAUUAAAUUAGAUUUUACCAACUAUAUAUAAUAACAUUAAUAUUUAAUGAUAGAAUAAACAAGUAAAUAUAUACAUGGAAAAUAUCAGUCUUGUUAUAAUAACCAGCAACACUUUGUUAGUAUUGUUUACAGCUGUUCCUAAUACUAUAUUUAUCUUUAUGAAAAAUAAAAAAAAUAACAGCAUUCGAGAUCUCACUUUUUUAUCUACUUAUUAAUAUGUUUAUAUUGAUCUCAGAUAUUGUUUUUUUUUUUUUACUUCUAAUUAGGUAUUUACGUAAACACGCUCAAUAAAAAUCAUGUUUAAAAUAUUAGAUUAUCGCAAGAAUUACAAUUUUAAUAAAAAUCAUCUAAAUGCAAUGUUGCAAUUAUGUACGAAAUAUUUUUCCUCUUUAAAAUGAUAACCGUUCCUCGCGAUUGCAAAGUAUCAUUUUUUAAAAUAGCGAAUAUUGAUAUACCUACUAGAUAUGUGUAUUGGGAACAGCUGGUGGGUUUCCAUAAUAAAAAUAACAUGCAGUUAUAAGAAUGAAUAGAAUUGGUAGAAACGGCACUUGUACACUCUAAAUAUAUGGUAAUGUCGCCAAAAUGUAUUCUUUCCUUCAGACUCUUACAUUGGGAGGAUUGUCACAAAUUAUUGUACGAUAUGAUGCCAUAUAUUUGCGUAUGAACGAGAAGCACGCUCUCACAGCCGUGUCUGUUGCUUAUAUGCCCCGACUGAUUUAGCAUUAAACAGAGACUGGCCCUCCCUCAGCUUACUGACGUUAUUAUUAUUAUUGUAGAUAGAUAUUCUUUAUUAUUUCCUCUAUAAGACUUAUUAUAAACAAUUACAAGAAAAUAUUACACUGAGGAAACAAUGGGCGGCCUUAUCACUAAGAGCUGUCAGAUCCAUGCAACCACAGGAUCCACAAGAUUGUCGGUUCUACCUAAAUAUUUUAUCCAUAUGGUUUCGUUAUAACAGAUAAACUUUUAAACGUCGAUAUAGAGAAUAAGGGUAACAUGAUAGGAAUGACAAAGUGCAAUACUAUCAUAGUAUUAAUUUUAUAAUUGUUUUAAAUUUUAAUUAUAUUUCAAUCUUUAUAAUUUAAUAGAUUUAUUUAUACUUGAGGUACGUAUUUCUGAUAAUAAAUAAUAUAGAAUGGUAUCAGAAAAAUAUGUAAUAUAUUUGAAAUCAUUUGUUUUACCCAUACUUAGUCUUCAUUCAUACUUUUAUUAUAUCUAGUCCUUAUUGCUCUAUAAUCUCUAUAUAUACUCUAUUUCCUGUAAUUACGAAGACUUUUCGUACUUGUUGGUUGAUAAGUGUUUACAGAGAAAUAAUACAUAUAUAUUAAUGCAGAUCAUAUUACACCUCAACAGAAUUCCGUUCAUCCAUUACCGCGUGAUAACAGUAUACCUUACAUCUAAAUUAAUAGAAAUAAGUCUUAGAUCUCCUAAUAAUAGAUAAAUAGCCCUGGAUAUGUCACACAGCAUCAUCUAGUCCCAAAUAAAGCAGUACUAGAAAUAAAAUUUAUGUACAUAUGAUCAUAUAUAUUAAUAUAUAAUGGUAUAAUAACCCCUAACUGCAAGUAGAUGCGCUCAGAAAUGCAUUAAUUUUGCAGCGAAAUACCAUUAAAAAUUAUAGAUAAGUGUUCAACCUGAAUUUAUCUGCACAUGUAUGUAUUUUUAUGUGACAGAGUUUGUUAAAGUUGACACAAGUAUGUAGAUUAAGAUAAUGUACUUGUAAUAUGAUCACGUAUUAUCAUAGAUAUCGGAGCCCCAAUCGCUCUAGACAAGUGGCUAAUGAAUCUAUAUUCACUAGAGUACGCUUAAGAAAGAACAAGACGCCGGAUGCUGCUGUCUCAUUCGAUCUUAUACACGCAGCAGUAAAAACGUGUUUAUCGAUAAAUUUAUUUGCUACUUGUCUAGGAAAACACGCUCUUCUUAGUGAGGGCGUGUUCUAUUCUCUGUCUACGUGUAACUUUAAAUUGUACUUGUAUUGAAUUUAUGAAUCGUCUUUCAGCUUUUUGUAAUUUUAAGAAUAAGUAAGAGUGAAAUGAAUUUGGGCAUGAUUGACGUUUCAAAUAUUCUUAUAAAAACGCUUUACCAAUUCUGCACCAAAAAUCUAUUGAUUUUUACUAUUAGAAAACAUGGUUUUAAUUAAUACAAUGUUUUUGUUAGUGCAAUAAUUUAUAUUAGUGCAGAGUUUUUAGAUGAAAUAAAUACCGUUAUAUUUUA